CCCUAACCCCUACCUACCCUUCAUUUAUCUCUGUGCAUUUUCACUGCUAGAAUCUUCACUCUCAUUCUCUCUCUAUACGCAACACAGGGGUGUCCUGAGAUCACAAAAGAACAUGGUGAAAGCUGUCGCAGUGCUCAACAGCAGUGAGGGUGUUAGUGGCACCAUCCACUUCUCCCAGGAAGGAGAUGCUCCAACAACAGUAACUGGAAACCUUUCUGGGCUCAAGCCUGGUCUACAUGGCUUCCACGUGCAUGCGCUUGGUGACACCACCAAUGGCUGUAUGUCAACUGGACCCCACUUCAAUCCAGCUGGCAAAGAGCAUGGAGCGCCUGACGAUGAAGUCCGCCAUGCUGGUGACCUUGGUAACGUCACAGUUGGAGAAGAUGGAACUGCUUCUUUCACCAUUACCGACAGUCAGAUACCACUUUCGGGACCAAAUUCCAUUGUCGGAAGAGCUGUAGUCGUUCACGGUGACCCUGAUGAUCUUGGAAGGGGUGGACAUGAACUCAGCAAAGCCACUGGAAAUGCUGGUGGAAGAGUUGCUUGUGGUAUCAUUGGUCUUCAGGGAUGAAUUCUGUAAUUGGCUUAAACUCAAUUCAAUACCCAAAAACGUGUUUAUCGUUUUCUCGUCAAUCGUUUGCUCGUCAGUCAAUAAGGGCUUGUUAGAACAGCCAUGGGAUUGGAUUCAUCUGUAACUUUGUCCUAUACUAUAUUUUAAUUCGGAGUUGCGCCUCUGUAUGAAAAUUUACGAGAAUUUAUGAAUUUGAGAGAAUGAUUUUAUAUUAAAUUGAUCUUGAAUUUAAUAUAAAAGAUUCGAAAA